ACCCGCUCUCAACAUGAAACUAUUUGUUAUCGCCGCUUUCUUGGCCGUCGCUGCCGCUGUUCCACCCAGCUACAAGCCGGAAUACAAGGCACCCAGCUACCCAGCCCCAAGCUACCCUGCACCAAAGUACCCUACUCCUAGUUACCUCGCACCGGCCUACCCUGCAUCAGCCUAUCCUGCACAAGCCUACCCUGCACCAGCCUACCCCGCACCAGCUUACCCUACUCCCAGCUACAACAAGGAUAACAAAUACGCCGACGUUACCAUCACUAGCCAAUCUGACGAGCGCAACCUCGAUGGCAGCAGCCAAUGGAGGUAG